UCCUUUCAUUUCUUCUUGCCUUGGCAUCAACUUCACUUGCAUCCCAAGGGAGGACCCUCCUCCAGUGGAAAGCCAGCCUCCAGAGCCAAGGAUCACUUGAAUCUUGGAGCCUCAACACUAGUCCAUGCAACUGGACUGGAAUCGCAUGCAGCGUCACACGUCGAGGCCGACAUGUGAUCACAGAGGUGAAUCUGGCCCAUAUGGGUCUGGCAGGAACGUUGAUUUCCCUCAACUUCUCCCUCCUGUCAUCACUUACCAGUCUCAACCUCACAUUCAACAAGCUCUAUGGAAGCAUCCCUCCCACAAUAUCUUCUCUUUCGAAGCUCGCCUCUCUUGAUCUCUGCACUAAUAACUUCAUAGGGACAAUUCCACUACAGAUCAGCUCUCUGACAAAGCUCAACUCUUUCAAUCUUAGUGAGAAUCAGAUAAGUGGUUCUAUUCCUCUUUGGCUAAGUAAUAUGACAAGGCUUAACUUCUUAUACCUAUCCCAGAAUAACCUUUCAGGUACCAUCCCAAAGGAAUUAGGAAGGCUUGGGAAUCUCUUGGAGUUGACAAUCUACACCAACCAUAUUACAGGUUCCAUCCCUCCCACUUUGGGAAAUUUAACCCGGCUUCAAUUAUUGGAUUGCUCCAACAACGGGAUAUCUGGCUCCAUCCCUCCUGAAUUAGGGAAUCUCGUAAACCUAGUUUAUUUAGACAUGGGUUAUAACAAUCUGACAGGUUUCAUCCCUCUUAGCUUGGGAAACUGGACCAAGCUUGACUGGUUCGGUCUUUGGGAUAAUCAUCUUUCUGGAUCAAUUCCUCAUGAAAUAGGAAAUCUAGUGAAGUUAACUGGGCUAUCACUUCAACAAAAUAGUUUAGUAGGUUCCAUCCCCACUCGCUUAGGAAAUUUAACCAAGCUUGAAAUCUUGUGCCUCUUUGAAAAUCAGAUCUCUGGAUCAAUUCCUCAUGAAUUAGGAAACUUGAUAAGCUUGAGAGAUUUGGAAAUCUAUACCAACCUUUUAAAUGGUUCAAUCCCUGCUAAUAUAGGAAAUCUAACCAAGCUUGAACACUUGUACCUCUUUGAAAAUCAGAUCUCUGGCUCAAUCCCUCCAUCUUUUGGAAGCUUAACCAAUCUUACUAAUUUGUGCUUAUUCAACAAUCGACUAUCUGGUUAUUUGCCUCAGGAAUUUAACAAUAUUACAAAUUUGAAACUUCUCCAAUUGAUGAACAACAAUUUUUCUGGCAAUUUACCCCAUGACAUAUGCAAAGGAGGAGUUCUAUAUUAUCUUGUUUUGAGCAACAACCAUUUUGAAGGUCCGAUUCCCAAAAGCUUGACAAAUUGUACAAGCCUGAGCACUGUCCGACUUCAGCAGAACCAACUAUCCGGGGAUGUAUCUAAAAAUCUUGGAGUGUAUCCACAUCUCUGGUACAUCGAUUUAAGCUUCAACAGACUAUCUGGUAAGCUCUCACCAAAUUGGGGAGGAUGUCAUAAUUUGUCACUCUUAAGAAUCUCCAGCAACAAGGUUACAGGAAGCAUACCAGCAGAACUUGGAAAGUUGACAGGACUACAAGAACUUGACCUUUCCUCGAACUAUCUAUCAGGAGAGAUUCCGAAGGAUCUGAGCAAGUUAACUAAUCUAUAUAACUUGACUUUGAGCAAUAACCAACUUGUUGGAGAGGUAUAUCCAGAAUUUGGAGAACUAUCUAAUUUGGAGAUUCUCGAUCUGUCAGCAAAUCAACUAAGAGGAAGGGUACCAGAACAAUUAGGCAACUGCAUAAAACUUCAAUCGCUAAAGCUUGGAAACAAUCAUUUUAAUGGAAGCAUUCCCUUUCAAAUUGGAAAUCUAGUAAACCUACAAGUCUUCCUAGAUCUAAGCUACAACUCAUUUACUGGAGAGAUACCAUCACAAUUUGGCAAACUGAAUAAGCUAGAAGUUAUGAACCUAUCACACAAUAAGCUGACCGGUCAUGUUCCAUCAUCUUUGAGUGAUAUGAUUAGCUUGUUAUCUGUAGAAUUAUCAUACAAUGAAUUAGAAGGCCCACUACCCAAUAACAGAAUUUUUCAGAAUGCUCCAGUGAUGUGGUUCACCCACAACAAGGGUUUGUGUGGUGUAGUGAAAGGUUUGCCUUCAUGUGGCUCGUUUACAACCAGCAAAGAUGAUUCAAAUAAGCACCACAAACUUCUCUUGUUAAUUACUAAAUAUGCGAUAAAUAAUGCAAGUAUUGAAGAAGGGGGAUUCUCUAUUUGGAACUUCAAUGGAGAAGAUGUAUACAAUGGCAUCAUUCAAGCAACAGAGGAUUUUGAUGCUAAGUACUGCAUUGGCACUGGAGCAUUUUCCAGUGUUUACAAAGCACUGCUGCCAAGCAGCAAGUUGGUUGCUGUAAAGAAAUUUCAUCAAUUAGAAAUUGAAAACACACCCGACAAGCAAACUUUUUGGAACGAAAUACGUGCACUGACCCAUAUCCAACAUCGGAAUAUUGUGAAGCUUUAUGGUUUUUGCUCUAGUGCUCGACAUAAGUUUCUUGUUUGUGAAUACAUGGAGAGAGGAAGCUUGGCAAAUAUUCUCCGAAGUGAAGGUGCCGCUGAAUUGGAUUGGUCCAAAAGAGUGGAUGUUGUAAAACAUAUUGGUCAUGCUCUAUCAUACAUGCACUAUGAUUGCGCUCCGCCAUUAGUGCAUCGAGACAUAACAAGUAAUAAUAUUCUACUUGAUUCAGAAUACAAGGCUUGUAUUUCGGACUUCGGUAUUGCUAGACUUCUAAAGCCUGAUUCAUCUAAUUGGAGUAUGCUUGCAGGCACACGAGGAUAUUUGGCCCCAGAGCUUGCAUACACAUUGAGGGUUACCGAGAAAUGUGAUGUAUAUAGUUUUGGAGUAAUUGCACUUGAGAUUGUAAUGGGAAAGCAUCCAGGAGAUCUCAUCUCUACUUUAUCUUCUCCGGUCGGUGAAAACACCUUUCUGAAAGAUAUAUUAGACCCGCGAUUACCACCUCUUACAACUCAAGCUGCAAAUGAGUUAGUUGCAGUAGUUAUGACAGCAUUUCAGUGUUUGGAUAACAACCCGCAUUCUCGUCCGACGAUGCGAAAUGUAUCUCAACAGCUAUCUACCAUCGGGGGACGACCAAACUCCCAACCUUUGGACAUGAUCAAGUUAUGUCACCUAAUCCAUGUCAAGGUAUGAUAGAAAAUAGAUAUUUUGCAAAAAAUAGCCAUCAUUUAAUAUAUUG